CUCUGAGUAUCGCCGUGAACGAAAACCUCAUCUUUGCGAUUUUGCGCCAAGUUGGUUGACAUGAGGUGUCGAUAAGCUGGGAGCUUCCCCGCGCCACCUUCCAACCUCGAAGCGCAGCAUGGCCGGAGUAACUGAGAAGGUGCUCAAUUGGCUGUACAGUGUCCUCCCUAGCGAAUACUCUGAUGUCAAUCGCACGUACAACGACGUCGCCGACACCCUCUCCAACUACCCUUCCCUAUCCCCGCGAACCGAAGUCUACACAUACGAGAAUGGGGCUUCGGCGCUCCUGCUCCUGCUCAGCGGAACUCUCCCCGUCACUUUUCGAGGCGCCACGUACGGCUUCCCGGUUGCGAUAUGGGUGCCCCACGCCUAUCCCCGUGAGUCCCCUAUAGUCUAUGUCAAACCCUCUCAGGACAUGCUGGUCAGGCCUGGCCAGCAUGUUAGUGGGGAUGGCAGGAUAUACCACCCAUAUCUGGCACAAUGGGGCAAAUACUGGGAUAAAUCUACUAUAUUCGACUUCCUGGCGGUCCUGCGCGGAGUUUUUGCAAAGGAACCACCUGUUCGAUCGAAGCAGCAGUACGGUGCUCCCACACCGCAAGCUCCUCCGCCUGUGCCCCCCCCACCUGCUGAAUGGCGACGCUCCAUGCAAGGGACACCAGCCGCUUCUCCCUCGCCGGACCCAUCGUCAUCACAAUCUCCUGUACCACCACCGAAACCCCCAAAGCCCUAUGAGCAGAAUCGACCCACUCCUCCGCCACAGCAGGAUAGGCAUUCCGGUUAUGUUCCACCGCCUCCUCCUGUACCACCCCAUCCACCUCGGCAGUAUCAACAGCAACACCAGCAUCCUACCCGGAAUGGAUACCCGCCGCAGAGUCACUGGCCGCAGCAGAACGUUCCUCCCCAGAAUUUCCCACCGCGGCAGUCCAGCUACGAUACGAAUCCCCCGACACCAAUAUCAAAGCCCAUGCGGCCACACGUACAGGCUCAGGGUGGAGAGAAAUACCCACCAAGUCCGCACGAAAUUAGAAGUCCUGUGAGCCCAAUAAGUCCAGAAGACCAACGUCCGGCUCCACGGUAUUCGAAACCAAUGCCACCUACAUCGGGCCUAACGAACUUCUCUCGACCCCAACACUAUCAAGCCCCACUGCAGCAUCGACAUCAUGGCCCUCCCCUUCCAGCUCAGCAGACGUACCAACAAGGCCCUCCCCACAGCUAUCUACCACAGCCCUACCAACAAUAUCAACAACCUCCGCCCCAAGUUCAACCAGCACACUCAGCCCCGGCACCUCCGACAAAUCUCCUCGACGAAUCUCUAGAGGUAACCAUCCCAUCCCAAACUGGCAACCAAGUUCCCCUCCCUGUCCCACCAGUCCCUCCCAACCCAGAAAAAGACGCCCUCCUCCGCGCCCUCAGCACAACCCUCGUCUCCCAAAUCCGACAAAUCGUGUCCGCCAACCAUUCCGCUAUCACCCCCCUCCAUGCCCAGCAAACGGCCCUCCAAGCUGCCUACUCCCGGCUGCAAUCUGAAUUCGACCAACUCCAGCAGCUCGACGAGGCGCUCGCAUCCAACGAAAAGAUCCUAAGAGACGCAAUGCUGGAAGCAGACCGCGUCAUGGAGGAAGCGCGGACAAGAAAAGUCCCGGAUGUGGAUGAAGUCCUUGUUGCGCCGAUGGUGGUUGGCGGGCAGUUAUACAGUCUUGCAGCGGAGGAGAGAGGCAUUGCAGAAUGUUUAUUUGUGCUGGGACGCGCGUUGGACAAGGGCAGGAUAGGGGCAGAUGUUUUUGUUAAACAGACGAGGAGUCUAGCGAGAGAGCAAUUCUUGAAGAAAGCAUUGAUCAAGAAGAUUGCGAGGGGCAUGGCUUUGGACGAAUAUCAAAUGCAGUGAACCAUAUAUCAAACAAGGAGGAGGACGGGCGGUCUUGAACGAAAAAACUUCUUGAUCAUCAUACGUUUUGCAUGCAUUCGGCCCCGGAAUACCGCUAAUGUGCGUAUACGUAGCAGUAGGUUCGCCAUAAAAGGGAAAAUAUUAUUUUUUUACUCAUAUCUUUGAAUUGUCUUCAUAUUUCUCUAUCACUCUCCUUCUAGGCAUCUUCACUACAAGACAAC